AUGGAAGAAAUUAGACAAGACAGAAUCAGCAGUUUACCAGAUAACCUAAUUCAUCACAUUCUCUCUUUCAUUGAUACGAAAUAUGCGGUCCAAACUAGUGUUCUCUCCAAAAGAUGGAAAACUACAUGGAUUUCUCUACCUUAUCUCAACUUCACUUGGAGUGGUUUCAUUGAAGGCAAAGAUAAUCUUAAUGAUUCUUCUAGUAGAAGUGAAGAGUUAAUUAGGUUUAUAGAUUUUGUCUACAUGGUAUUCAUGUUUCGCGAUGACUCUGAUAUACAAACUUUAAAGAUUUAUCUAGAUUGGAAUCUUUGGACAACGCCUACAUCUGAUGAGAUCUCAAGAAGUCUUAAUAGAUGGAUUAUUGCGGCUGUAAGGCGUCACGUUACAGAACUAAGUAUAAAUAUUGAUUAUAAUCAUGAACUGGCAUAUGAGCUUCCACAUCAACUGCUUAAUUGUGAAUCAUUGAGGAAGCUGUCGAUCUUUGGUGGUACUGGUACCAAAUAUGCAAAUAUAGUUCUGCCAAAAUCAAUUAGUUUGCCGCAGCUCAAACAAUUGUUGCUUGUUGGAGUUUCAAUCUCGUUUGCUGAAUUAACUCAGAGUCUCCUCAAUCGCAGUCCACUUUUCGAAUUGCUAAUCGUAGUUAAUUGUGAUUUACAAAGUGAUAAUCAAGAAAUCGACAUUGUUGAUUGUUUCAGCUAUGAGCAUUUUGGAGAAGCUCAUUUUGGUAGAUAUUUCUUGUGGCAAAAUCAUACUGUGGUUAACACUAUUAAGGUACCUGCUCCAAAUCUCAUAGCAUUUGACUGCAAAGAUUUCUUGACGCAAAAUUUUCCUUCAGCAGCUGAUGCUCGGUUUAGUAUGAUGCUCAGAGAAAAUAAAAAGGAUGAAUCUGCAGAAAUAUAUUCAAAGCUGCCUGCCGAGGAAAAGAAAGUGUAUGCCAAACGCUUGAUAAAAUUGCUACAAGCGGUUCCUAACGUGGUACGACUAAGUUUAUCAUCUGGAUUUCUUGAGGUGCGGAUGCAUGCAUCCCUUCUUUGUUUUUCUUUCUUUUAA